UAACAUAGCCAAGUUCCAGUUAUCAACUAAUAACCUUUGUCUCUUACCAUGGAAGAAUAAUUAAUGUGAGUAUGUGACUAAUAACUUUGUAGAAAUAAGCAGUAAUUUUUUUUUAUUCUUCUAGAAACGAGGUAAGAUGCUGAACAAUGAACCUGUCCAACUUUUAACGUUUCAUGGGGAAGAGACCACGAAAAGUAUAUGGAAUUUGCAACAGCAGUAGUAGUUUUUUUCCUGUCUUUAGAAAAAGCAACAAAGUUCAUAUUGUUCACGUUGACAAAAUCCCCAAAAUAUAUGUUACACUGUAUAAUAGAUUCAAGCCAUGUGUAUUUAUAUAUCUGGCGUAGGCUAAUUUGCAUACUUAUAAUGACUCUCCUCUGCAUAUAUAUCUGGUGUUUUUGGUUUUGAUUAAUGAGACUUGCCAUGUCUACUACUCCUUCAAAGAGCAUCAGUGAAGAAGAUAAUGAACUUAGAAGAGGACCAUGGAGUGUUGAAGAGGAUGAUCUUCUUGGCAAUUACAUUGCCAAUCAUGGAGAAGGGAGAUGGAAUUUGCUUGCUACACGUUCAGGAUUAAGGAGAACAGGAAAGAGUAGCAGAUUAAGGUGGCUAAAUUAUCUAAAGCCAGAUGUUAAACGAGGCAAUUUAACCUCAGAGGAGCAGCUAUUGAUUUUUGAACUCCACUCAAAGUGGGGUAACAGGUGGUCAAAAAUUGCACAACAGCUGCCAGGCAGAACAGACAAUGAAAUAAAGAACUAUUGGAGAACAAGGAUUCAGAAACAAGCAAGAUAUAUGAAAUAUGAGACACAGAGAACAACAGGAUUUGUAGAAUUUUUCAAGGGUCUACAGAUGACAAGAUGUGUUCUUAAAGCACAAGAAUCAUCUCCUUCAGCCAUGUCACUCCAAGACCAAGAAAUUCCUAUGCCUUUUGAUGGUGGUUCUCAUUAUUCAUCAUUUCGGAUUGAGACAACACCAGAAACACAAAUCACUUGCCAGCGAGGUCUCAAUCAUUUGAAUCAGCAUGAGCAGAACUCAGACUCUGAACACAACAAUGGUUCAAGCAUUUCCAAUUCAGAAUCAGUAAAUAUCCAAUAUAUGACUCAGCCUUUGGGGUGGUGCACUACAAAUCAAUUCCAGGCCCUAGACACCUAUGAUUUUGGCACCUGUUCAUAUGAUGGCUACAACAUAGAUAACAGUGCCUAUGACAUGGAUUCAUUCAACCUGGGAGCCACAAUGGAUGCUGAGAAUCUGGAACUCCCAGUGAUAACAGAAACCAACUCGCUAAAUAUGGAAUCUGAAUGCAGUACAAAUGAUGAAUUAUGGCAAUUUAUGAACAUAUAAAGAAGAAAAUUUUAGAUUUUAGAGCACUCUUUCAAAACCCCUCACAAACUUUCUUUCAUAUUUAGUGCUUGCUAUUAGA